ACUAAAAUUGUACACAGGAAGAAAGUCUGUAACUUAAGGAACAACUUUUAGAUGGUUUUUGUUUAUCAGAUGGUGAUGGGAGUAGGAAUAUCACAAAAACUGAUUGCAAGUUAACUAAUCUUAAUACUAAAAGGAAUAAACUUAAAAUAAUCUCACAUUUUAAACAUAGAAUUAAGAUUAGUUUUUGUUAUAAGUGAAACUUUUCUGGAUCAGUGAUCUUCUCAUCACUGUGAUCACCUCACUUUCGCCGUGACUUAAGCGGCAUCUCCAAUCAUCAACCAGCCAGAAAUUAAUCCAGUGAGCUAGUGAGCCGACUUACUCAGUCAGUUAGCACAGACGAGCAGUUCGAACUGCGUUGCAGUCGCUGGCACAAACAACGGUUGGAAUCGUAAAAUAUAUAUAUAUUUAUCAGAAUAUAUAUAUAUAUAAAUCAGAAUGGCGCUGGAUGCGCUCGUCACGGCUUUGGCCUGCCUCAGCACGACCACAAAUGCCACAAGUAACUUGCCAGGAAAACACUUUUCGGUGAUAAUGAGGAACUCGGCAGAGCCUUUUCUACUUGCUGAAAAUGGUACAGCUAGUUGUCCUGUCAGCACUUUGGGUGGCCUGGCAGCUCGCAUACAAUUCAUGACGGAUGAGCUGGAAUCUCUUAAAACAGAACUCAAUGAACUUCAAGGUUUAAUAGAGGAGUACAAAAAUCAGGGGGCAGGAACACCCAUUGAAACCAGAUUACUCCGCCCACUGCCCGCUAGUAUCCAGCACUUUCCCCUGGCCGUUGGCCCGCCCGCCGACGACACGCCAAGGAAUUGCCAUGACGAGAAGCACGGCCAGGUAAGGAUACGGAUAGCUGCGGAUGUGGAGCCCUUCUUUGCGAGCUGCGACCAGGAGGUGCGGAAUGGCGGCUGGAUGGUGAUCGCCUACAGGUACGAUGGCAGCGAGGAGUUCAACAGGAAUUGGAAUGACUACAAGUCCGGUUUCGGUCCCAUCAAUGCGGAGUUCUUCAUAGGCUUGGAUAAGCUGCAUCGGCUGACUAAUAGCGAGCACCACGAGUUGCUCAUCAUCAUGAGGAACAAGAACGGAGAGGAGCGCUUUGCCUUGUACGAUCACUUCAGUAUUGGCAGCGAGUCGGAGAAGUAUCUGUUGUAUGUCCUGGGCGCCUAUAAGGGAGAUGCGGGAGAUUCACUGCGUUACCAUGCCGGCAAGAAGUUUACGACUUAUGACCAGGAUAACGAUGAUAAUGGCCAAAACUGUGCCAGAACCCAUGCAGGAGCCUGGUGGUACGGAAGGGAGUGCUUCGAAAGCAACCUUUUUGGCACUUUCCAGUCGAAGUACGGCCAGGAGAUUGGCUACUUCAAGGGCAUCCUGUGGAAAACCUUCCUGCCCGGACCCACUGGCUCGCUCAGCUACGUCCGAAUGCUGAUACGACCGCUCAAAAAGACGUAAACGAAGCCAAAGGCAAAUCCAAUCAGAAAGACUCCUUAGCCAUAGACUACAAUAAACGUCGAUUAUUUAGUAAUUCAAAAUACUUCUCGCAUAGUUGGGCGAUUGUCUGUGAAGCGAUUCUCCCAUUGCUCUGCUAGGCAGAUUCCAAACGGGUUUUAAUUAUUGCAAUUAUUACAUAUCUUUCGUAUUAAGCGAUGUUCAAUUAAUUGGCACACAAUAAGCACUACACAAACACACACGAACACAUGCUGAGGUUGGGGGAAAUAAUGCGGCUCAUUAAUGGC